CACCAAUCCCAGGGACUGCCGCUCAUCACAUUCAACCACCCGCGGAUUUGAUUCAUGUUAGCACAUGCCUUUUGAUCAUUCACCAUCGCCAUUGUCGUUGUUGCGAGUAGGCGAGGCUGUCUUGGGUUUGUAAUUUUCUAUAGCGACGAGCAUCAGCAUUUGCCGCGAGUAGAGUGCAUGGCUUUAUGAUCUGCGACGACGAGAGCUGGCCCCGGACGAGCGCAUACGAAUACAGCACCAUAGCAUCUCGCAUUCCCGCUUCUUGGUUACGGCUGCAAAGGGAGGCAUCGGAGCAGCGCCAUGGCGGAACCGCAUCGGUAUGCGGAAGAGGCCAACGAGGCCCUGGAUCCGGAGCUUCUGUAUACAAAGGAAUACUGCAUUGGCGGUGGUAGCUUUGGCAAGGUGUUCAAGGGGGUCGAUAAACGAAGUGGUCGCUCUGUCGCCAUCAAGAUCAUCGAUGUUGAAAAUGCCGAAGACGAGGUCGAAGACAUUAUCCAGGAAAUCGCCAUCCUGUCCGAGCUGCAGUCUCCAUACGUGACAAAGUACUACGGAUCCUAUGCAAAGGGCGCCGAGCUAUGGAUUGUCAUGGAGUUUUGCGCGGGCGGGAGCUGUGCCGACCUUAUGAAGCCGGGUAUCAUGGGCGAGGACUACAUUGCAAUCAUCAUAAGGGAGUUGCUGAUGGGUCUGGACUAUCUCCACACGGACAAGAAACUGCAUCGGGAUAUUAAAGCGGCCAAUGUACUUUUGGGGGCCAACGGCCAGGUCAAACUGGCCGAUUUUGGCGUGUCGGGUCAGCUUUCUGCCACCAUGACGAAGAAGAACACGUUCGUCGGGACUCCGUUUUGGAUGGCACCAGAGGUCAUUAAACAAUCUGGAUAUGAUCACAAGGCUGAUAUUUGGUCACUCGGUAUCACGGCUCUCGAACUUGCGAAUGGCGAGCCUCCCUACGCCGACAUUCACCCCAUGAAGGUCCUCUUUCUCAUCCCGAAAAACCCCCCUCCGAGGCUGGAAGGAAAUUUUACAAAAGCAUUCAAGGAUUUUGUCGAGCUGUGCCUGCAGCGAGAUCCCAAGGAACGACCGACGGCCAGGGACCUUUUGCGACAUCCAUUUAUCCGAAAGGCAAAGAAGACUACAUAUCUUACCGAGCUGAUAGAGCGACAUUCCAGGUGGGCGGCGACGCACAAGACGGACGAGGAAGAGACAUGGGAUGCCCAUGAGAGUGCGCCACCAGAGAGAACGCGAGUCAACGAAGACAUGUGGGAUUUUGGCACCGUCCGACUCGUCAAUGACCGUACCGGCGUCGUCAGCCGGGCGCCCAUGCUCAACCCGCUCGGUGCAAGUGCUACUAACACGAGGGCCACGCGGAACUCUGCCGAUUACGGUGAAAGACGGCGCGAGCCAUCCAGCCCAACAAAAAUGAGGGAGAUGGCACUUCAGCCGAGCGAUACGCUCAAGGCAAAGGAUCCGGCCAGCGCGGGAGCAUCACGGCAAUCGAGCCCGCAGCGGAAAUACACACCCACUCAACAGCAGCGUGGCUUUGUGUCCAAAGCGGCUCCUCCGCCUCCUAGUCCUGUGGUAAUUAAGACUACAAGUUGGGAGGUUCAAGAGACCACCCCGAGAUCUUCAAAGAUUAUCACAGUACCGGCCAUCUCUCACCCGGAGCCACCCUCGCCUGACUACGACCGGGAGCUUCAGGAACACUUGCAGCGCGACAUGGGGAUACUAAACCUAAAUAUAGAUCUACCUGAUCCCGUGCCUACACCCUCACCUCCUCCUCCCCCGGCGCCUGCGCAUAAGAAGAUUUCCAUACCCCCUGGGUUUGAAAAGUUCGAAAAGCCGGUGCCGCCUGCUCAUGGGGUUUCGCCACGAUCAACGAGCGGUAAGAUUGCACCGAGAUACGACGUGGCAGAAAUCCCACCGUUCAGAAACCCUUCGCCAAAACCGCAGCCUCAACCGCAGUCUACCGUGCAGCGAACGGUAGCUCCAGUUGUGCCGCUGUCGCCAGUAGCUCGAUUACCGGCUCCAUCUGCACCAGCACCAGCACCCGCCCCUGCUCCGGUUCCUGCUCCGGUUUCUGCUCCUGCUCCUGCAAAAGUGUCUACUCCAUCAGCGUCGGUAUCCUCAUUGCGGUCACAAGGCCAUUCCCCAAGAUUGUUGGAAACAUUUCCUUCGCCUCCGGCUCCGAACCCCAACGGAGAGCUCGAUGCUCUCAACGACGUCAUCUUUCCUGCGCUUGAAGAGGCUCUGAAGCGACGGCAGAUUCGGCUCCAGCAUAUGUACAAGUCUGUGCCCAGCGGUUCAACCGUGUCGUCGAAACAGCAGCGAGCCGAGGCUGCUCAUGAGAAAGUUCGCAAACUUGUCUAUAAGCUAGCACAUGUUUGCAAGGAGAUUGACUACUAUGAUAAAGCAGAACCCGUAGGUAUGGGACGGGACGUGGGGAACUUUUUGGAGGGACUUCUUGAGGAGAUUUUGGUUCGCGUUGAACCACUUGACGAGGACGAGGCGUAAACUACUGCACAAAACAGAACUCAUGAUGACGAGAUGCUAACGGCCGACACUUGUUUUUGUUUUUGGGAAACGGGAAUCAAAGUAAGUAUGCUACAACAAAGGGAAAAAAGAAAGACAACGAGGGAAGAGGCAUGUCUAAGAGGCCAAUCUCAGGAUGGGAAGAGGCAUGUCUAAGAGACCAAUCUCAGGAUGGUAAGGUGUUGGAUAUGAGAGGACGGGAUGCGAUUGUAAGAGUGAUGGAAACUGGAAUGAAUGAAUUUGGGUAAAGCAGGCGUGGUAAAGGGCUGGAAUAUCUUGUUAGAGGGGAGUCACAGUCUGCUAUUUUGCUUUGUUGUAUACCGCGGAGGAGUAGCAAUAGAAAUUUCCGAUAGCUUUUAUUUUUUGUGAAUGAAUGAAUUGAUGAUUACAAAUUAAU